AUGUCGUCCUUGGUCUACGCUCUGGUGGGCAAAGCAGGGCACGGUAAGAGCUCAACAGCCAACUCGCUGUCAGUGUCAGAGCAUUUUCUGGCCGAUGACAGUCUUGAGUCGGUCACAAGCAGUGUCAGCUCUCUGGAGUACGCUGCCGUGACUGGACAGACGUUUCUAUGUUUCGACCUGCCUGGAGCUGUUGACCCGAAGCUCACCUUGCCUGAGCUAGCAGCUUUAUCACGGAAGGGCCUGGAUUCGCUGGCCUUCGUCAUCCGCUGCAUGACCGAUGAGGCGUUGGCUGCGAUAUCGCAGAUAGAAGUGCUGUUUGGCCAGGACGUCUGGGCCCAUGCUGUAAUUGUCUUUACGCACUGCACCUGCGACUUGGACAAGCUGAAGUCGGACCUGACGAGGCUUGGGGACGACCAUGUCCUGAACAAGGUGAUCCAGAAGUCAAACAACCGAGUCGCCAAGAUUGACAACAUGCCUCGGAACCAUGAGAAGUUGAAGGCAGAUGUUGACUUCAUCCAUCAGCUGCUCGGACAAGUUUCUACGGACACCGGGAAGAAGUAUGAACUUGUGGCGUUCGCACGAGCGCGCGCGGCCGUGCUAGAUGCUCAGAUCGAAGCUGAAUGGCGACAGACCGACGCGGAUCUCGAAGCGUGGAAGAGCCGUUGCCUGCAAGGGCUUGUAUCUCCGGGGGAUUUCGAGAAAAAAGUCCAUGAGCUCAAGGAAUAUCAUAAGCUGUUGGAGCAGCUGCGUCGCGACAGGGAGUUGGAACAGGCGCAGAGGUCUGGCGAAGGAUGGGAGCGUGUAAAGCAGUUUGCCUGCUAUACUGGCAUAGCUGCGGCUGGCCUUGGUGUUGCAGCGGCAGCAGCGCCACAUGUUGCACGCACUGCCGUGUUCUGUGUUGCGGGCUACGCUUAUUCAAAACACGCAGAGUACUCCACUGCGCAAGCGCGGGCAGAUCAUUCUCGGCAUGAAGCAGAGCGACUUCGCGAAGAGCGCUUAAGAGACGAGCGACAGCGUAAGGAGAGUGGAUGCCACAGUAGUUGGACCGUGUUGGAUGCUACAGGAUGA